CGCUGCUCCGCUGCUUCUCCCCAUGGCUCCCAAGGCUCGCCAGCACAAGAAGAAGGGAGGGAAAAACAAGCCUGGUAAGGCCAACGCGCCGCAGGGGCCCGCGCCCCUGGGCGAGGGCCUCGUCCUGGCAAAGCACAUGGACCGGCUUCGGGCGGCGAUAGCAGGCCCCGACAAUGUGCACGGUGAGACCAGGAUAAGGCCAGCUGGCGUGGAGUGCGGUGCGACGGCUUCCGGGUGGUGUUCGCCGGCGGUCUCGGACUUCUUUGCGGCGGGGCUGACGGUGUACGGCUUGCAGGUGGCACACCUUCAUCCCGACGCGAUUAUCGUCAUGGCAAUCUUCGCCCACUUGUGCGAGAACUUUGUCAGCCUGGCACCAUGCGUGGCGUUCUUUCGCCACUUCUUCGUCCCCGAAGUUUCUGACAGGAACGCGCCGUUAGGCAGCGUCUUUUGGACACUUCGCGACGGGGAGGACAGGAAAUUUCCGGCGGGACCUCUCCGCACGGCGAGUUCCGACUCCUGGCCGCGCCGAUGGUGUCUUGCCGACGUGGGGGAAGACACGGUCGACGUCUUCAACCCGCCCGACAAUCCGCCUUUCUCGGACCUUGGCGCAAUGUCCGGCUUCUGGGAGGGCCUGGACGCGCGAGACGGGGACUUCUUGGAUGCAGCCUACCACGUGAGGCGACUCGUGGAGCGAGGGUUGACGACCCCGAUGGUGGUGCGGGACUUCCUCCAGCGUUGGCUUGCUCCCCUGCAACGGCGAUCACACCCUGCCUGGGCGUACUCCGGCGUGGACGACCCUACACGACUGUUCCCGGGGGAGGAGCACGAGCUGGACAACGAACGCCUCGCCCAGUGAUUGGGCCUCUUCUUUGGUGGCGUCGAGGUGGGCGAGCUGCCCGAGUUGGUGGCGCCCCUCUGCGACAGCGGCUAUCGCGACGAUGUUCUUCAGGUUAUGCCCCACUGCGAUGGGUGGAGCAUUCAGGACUCUUGGGGCCUCCCCACCCGGGAAGAGCUAGCCGCAGGGUGGGAGGCCAGACGCGCCCAAGCCAUGAGAAGGCGCGGCCCAGCCGGUGGUGGGGACUCUGGGAGCCCGGGGGAGGGGCAUCCCGACCCGCCUCCCGGACCCUCGGGACCCCUCUACAACCAGCAAACAGGCGGUGAGGAGACCGCCGCCCCCGAUGAGGACGAGGACUCAACUCCGCUGGCUUCAUUGAUAGGCCGGGGAGGGAGGGUCACGCCUCAACCUCGGAAAACUCGAGCGGGACUCUGCUACCGUCCCUGCUCUGGAAGCGGAAGGCUUUCUUUGUGGUGGAUGACGAGGACGAAAGCAGGCAAGCGGGGAGAGCGGUGUUUUUACGGGGCCCGUGACCUACCGGUCAGGGCCGGAUCGUUCAUCGCGUCGUUGAGAUUCGCGCAGCCGGAGCGGUGUAUUCCUUUUUCUGAAAAUUAUACAUGACCCUGUACUGUAUCUUGCGCGAUACCACAUCCCCAGUUACCCGUGCCCCCAUCUCUGUCCCUCUUUCCUGUCAGGCCAAAACGCGGCGGCCUCCGUCGCCUUCCUCUCUCCCUCGUGCCCCUCCCUCGCCUUCCUCCAGCUCCGCCUCCAGCAGCGGCCGCGCGGACCCCGUCUCCUCCCUCCCCGAGCUCCGCCGCCUCGCAGCCCGGAUCCGCCCGGCGCCGUCCGGAUCCGCUGCCUCCCUCCCGUCGAAGUGCGGCCGCCACCGCGUUCUUCCCCGAUCUGGCGGGAUCCGCGGCGUUCUCCCCUGAUCCCGCGGGAUCCGCGCCGUUAUUCCCCAAAUCGCGAGCUCCUGGAGUGCGCCGCGACCGCGUUCUUCCCCGGAUCCAGCGGAAUCCGUGUCGUUCUUUCCCAAGCCGCUGGAGUGCAACGCCGCCGCGUUCUUGCCCGGAUCCAGCGGGAUCCGUGACUGCCGUCUCCAGAAUCUUUUUUAGGGAUUUUUAUUUGAAAGAGCUGGAAACGAAGAUUCUGCGUGAGGGGCUACUGGACAACAGGCCUAUUGAUUGUGUUUUGUGCUUGAUGCAACAAUUUUGAUGUAUUGAUUGUGUUUUGUGCUUGAUGCAGCAAUUUUGAUGUAUAUUUGUGUCCUAGACGAAGAAAUUAAAUUCUGAUGUGUGUGGUUAAUUUGUUCUGUGCGGUUGAUUGAUAAAUUUUGAUCAAAAAAUUUCCAUAUGUUCAUGGAUAGAUAUUGGUUGUUGGAUGCUGAUUUUUUAUGCACCAAGAUUGCCAGAGGAUGUGAAACUCUUA